GCCGUUAUGGGGCCGGCUCCUGAAAGAGCCCCGGUUCGCGGCACUCCCGGGGAACUCGAGAUAACAGACCCCAUUAUGGAAGACAUGGAGUCACAGGAAAACAAGGAUACCCCUCCUGCCAAGAAGCAUCGGAAAGGGGCUCAGGAUGGGGGAUUCCUGCUACCUGUUGAGCUGAGUCAAGCCCAGCUAUACAAGGAACCUACAAAUGAAGAGCUGAGCCAGAUGAAAGAGACAGAAAACCUUUUCCACUCCAACCUUCUCCGAAUGCAGAUGGAGGAGCUAUUAAAGGAGGUAAAGCUGAAGGAGAAGAAGCAACAGCGGAUUGAUACCUUCUUGCGUGAGAUUAAACAACGAAUUCUUAGUGUCCCUUCAACCAAAGUGACUGACAUGACAGACCAGUCAUGGCUGCCUAAAGGUGUAAGAGUACCCUUCAUCCAGAAGCCUUUUGCUGUGAAAGGUCGCUUCCACUUCUUACCUCCCACUCAGGUCACUGUAGUGGGCAGCUACCUGCUAGGAACAUGUGUCCGACCAGAGGUCAAUGUUGAUGUGGUGUUGACUAUGCCAAAGGAAAUCCUACAAGACAAAGAUGGGCUAAAUCAGCGCUACCUAAGAAAGCGUGCCCUAUACUUAGCUUAUCUGGGCCACCACUUGUCUCGGGAUCCACUUUUCAGUAGUGUCCGUUUCUCCUACAUAAAUGGUUGUCACCUGAAGCCCCUGUUGCUGCUCUGUCCUGCAGGAAAGGAUGAGAGACUAGUCACUGUGCGCUUAUACCCCUGUCCACCGCCUGAGUUCUUCCGCUUAUGCCGCCUGCUGCCUUCCAAGAACAAUGUCCGUACCACCUGGUUUUGGGACAAGUCUCCCCCAGAGGAGGGUGUCCUGGAUCCUCCCACCCCUCACUACAACACCUUGCUCCUUUUUGAUGAAGUUUUGGAAUCUCACCUUCACCUUUUAUCAGCCAUACUUACCUCUUCCCCUGGCCUUCGGGAUGGCAUUAUUUUGCUCAAAGUCUGGCUUCGGCAGCGGGAUCUGGACAAGGGCACUGGAGGCUUCAGUGGCUUUAUCAUUUCCAUGCUGGUAGCCUUCUUGGUCUCUACUCGAAAAAUCAGCAAGUCUAUGAGUGGCUAUCAAGUGCUGAGGAAUGUUCUGCAGUUCCUAGCUGCCACAGAUCUGACAGUCAAUGGCAUCAGCUUGUGUCGAAGUUCGGAUCCGUCUCUGCCAGCAGUUGCUGACUUUCAUCAGGCCUUCUCUGUGGUUUUCUUGGAUGCUUCAGGCCACCUUAAUCUCUGUGCUGAUGUCACAGUUCCCACAUAUCAGCAGGUACAACAUGAAGCCCAGUUGUCUAUGACUGUGCUGGAUGACAAGACUGCAGAUGGGUUUCAGAUGCUGCUUAUGACACCCAAAUCUAUGAUUCGAACCUUUGACCAUGUUCUCCAUAUAUAUCCCCUGAGCUGUCUGGAUACUGCCUGCCGAAGGCUGAAGCUGUGGUCAGAAUUGCAGGACCAUGGAGGGGACUAUGUAACUGCCAUACUUCCUACCUUGACAGCACUCCUGGAACGGGGCCUGGGCUCCCGUCUGACUUUGUUGGCCCAUUCAAGGACCCCUGUGCCCCAGUGGAAGAUCAACCAAAACCCUCCAAAGCACAAGGACCAGGGGGCCCUGUCAUUGGGAUUGCUACUCCGGCCAGAGGGACUAGUCAGUAUUCUAGAGAUGGGACCUGAAGCUGAUCAUCCAGAGGCUUCUGAUUUCCGCCAGUUUUGGGGCUCACGAUCAGAGCUUCGGCGUUUCCAGGAUGGGUCAAUUCGGGAGGCUGUUCUUUGGAAGGCUGAAUCUAUGGCUGAGAAGCGCCUCCUGCCCCACCAGGUGAUCACUCACCUCCUAAAACUUCAUGCAGGUAUACCUGAGUCCUGCAUCCAUUACAUGGGGGGCUGUCUAGAUCCACUGAUCAGAGCCCCCAAAGAGGCUGCCAGUGUGCAGGGGCGGAUGGUGGUGUCACAGAAUGGGGAUCUGAUGACAGUGCCCAAUGUGGAGGCCAUUUUGGAGGAUUUUGCUGUCCUGGGCAAAGGUCUGGUACAAACCGUGGAGGCCCGGAGUGAGAAGUGGAUCGUGUGACCUUGAACUCCAAAUGGACUCUGCCACAGAGGGAAGGAUGGAGGAAAAUCACUCACCUCCCCUAAGACCAAUGCACUAGCUUCAGUUGCACUCUUUCAUCUUGGAGAAAAGCCCCAGUUGUUCCCUGAAGACUUUGGUGCUUGGUUCUCAGUUUGGCCUCCUGCAAUCCAGUAAUGACUCUGCUCAGAUCUUGGCACUGACUGAGGCUUCAGGGAACAUUCUGAGGCAGGAGCAAGAACAGCAGUUCUUCACCUAAGGAUCUUGAACAUGAACCUUUUUUUAUUUUUAUUUUCUUAACUAUUUCAAUGUAAUUGAUUUCCUUUGAAAUUCUUGGUAUUCUGUCUUAAAAACAUUCAAAGCUUCACCAGACUGUCUAAGGGGUCUAUGACACAGAAGAAGUUACCGGCCCUUGACUUAAAGAAGAGAUCCAGACCUUAGUUCCAGCUGUGACAGUGGACCCUAGGAGAAACCAUGGUCCUGGAGUCAGAGGACCUGUGUUCAUAUUCUGCCUUUGACUAUGUGACCUUGGGCAAGUGGCAUAACCUCACUGAGCCUUGGUUUCCCUGACUAUAAACUGAUAGAUGUUGGGUUUCCUGACCACCCAGGUCUCUUCCAGGAGUUCUCUUUCAGGCAAUGAGACCCCCUCCUCAAGUCAUUUCCACUGGAGGAGCAUGGUUUGGGAGGCCCUGAGUUCUCUCACUUUGAAUAUGAUUAGUGAGUCCAUGUCUUCCAUUCCUCCUUCCUUUUAUCACAGACCCUGUCCACUUGCCUCUUAUCUCUCCUGGAUGUCAGAGACUUUACUCUUUUGGUUCUAGCAUCACAAGAUGCCUGAAGCCUUCACGCUCAUUAGAGUUGCCUUUCUGGAACUUUCCCCAGGCCUUGUAUGUUUUCUUAGGUCUGGAACCAGACCUGUUCUCAGUCCUGGAACCUGACAUCUCUUGACUCCACUUGGAAGCUCCUGAGCUAUUGUGGAUUGGGGGGAUUGAGAGAGUAAGAUGGAUGGCCCUCACCCUUGGGGAGCCCACUGACAUUUGGGAGGGAGGGAGAUUUAAUAGCUCACAUUGUGACAUUUCUAUCAUUACCAAAUACAUCUUUUUCCUUCCCUUCCCUUCC